AUGGCGACCGGCGGCAGUAGCAGUGGUGGGGGUGACGAUGUCCACGGGCUCAAGUUCGGCAAGAAGAUCUACUUCGAGCAGGACGCAGCGGCUGGCGGGAGCGGGAGCGCGGCGGUGGAGCCGUCGUCGUCGGGCGGCGGCGGCAGCAGCAGCAGGAAGGGCAAGGGCGUGGCGACGGCCCCCCCUCCGCCGCCACCGCCGCCGAGGUGCCAGGUGGAGGGGUGCGGCGUGGAUCUGACCGGCGCCAAGCCGUACUACUGCCGCCACAAGGUGUGCUACACGCACGCCAAGGAGCCCAUCGUCGUCGUCGCCGGCCUCGAGCAGCGCUUCUGCCAACAGUGCAGCAGGUUCCACCAGUUACCUGAAUUUGAUCAAGAAAAGAAAAGUUGCCGCAGACGCCUUGUGGGUCACAAUGAACGUCGGAGAAAGCCGACACCUGGAGCUAAUUCUUCUCGCUUUGGCCGGCUUGCCCCAUCCUUUCAUGAGGAGUCAGGCAGGUCCAGAAGCUUUGUGGUAGAUUUCUCAUACCCAAGAGUUCCAAGCAGCGUGAGGGAUGCGUGGCCUACUAUUCAGCCAGGCGAUCGCAUGUCUGGUUCAAUCCAGUGGCAAGGGAGCCAUGAACUCCACCCUCACCGCAGCGCAGUUGCGGGAUACGGUGAUCACCAUGCUUACAGCAGCCAUGGCGGCUCAUCGGCUGGGGCGCCAAUGCUCCACCACCCUGCCUUUGAGCUCACCUCAGGUGGAUGCCUCGCGGGAGUCAGCACCGACUCCAACUGUGCUCUCUCUCUUCUGUCAACUCAGCCAUGGGAUACUACCCAAAGCAUCAGCAGCCACAACGGCCGGUCCCCAGCAAUGUCGUCCUCGGCCAGCGCCUUCGGAGGCGGGACCAACCCGGUGUCUCCCUCAGUCAUGGCGAGCAACUACAUGGGUGCGAGCAGUGGCUGGGGCAGCUCCAGCCGUGGCCAUGACGGCGCCAGGAACGUUCAGCUGCCGCCACCACAUGGGAUUGCAUUGAGCGAGGUUCCUCCGGGCUCUGUCCACCACGGCCGCCAUUUCUCCGGCGAGCUCGAGCUCGCACUGCAGGGGAGUGGGCCGUCCAACCGGCCGGAAACCGAGCACGGCUCCAGCAGCGGAGCCUUCAGCCACUCCACCACCAAUGCCAUGAACUGGUCUCUGUAAGGACCACUUCUUCUUCCACACCGUUAUGAUCAAUCAUGCCAAGAGACAUGGAACAUUGGCUGGCUACCCUGGUUUUGUGCUCGUUAACAUUGCCAUUUAGGAUUUCAGGAUGGAGAGGAAAUUCUCAACUGAUUAGGCCAGUAAUUUCCUCUCGUUGAGCCUGAUGUGUCCAUGAACUCAGAACACCCGAGAUCCACUACCUGUAGAACUCCAUAAACUGGGAGUAUUGAUGUGUUUUACUUGAACUAUGUUAAUUUAAUCUUGGAUUCUUCUU